AAGUUUGUUGGAUAUAGAAUAACAUAAUGGAAUUUACUCAUGAAAUUUAUUUUGACCCAACGCCAAAAUUAAAAUCUAGUCCCGUACAGAUAUUUUUUCUUCCCUUUAAUAACGAAAAACUUAAUUGCUAUAAUUGUGGAGAUAAAUAUUCUGACACACUUUCAUAUAAACAGAAAUAUUGUAAACAAUGUUUAUUACGGUAUAUUAAAAGUAGAGUGGAUAAUAAUGAAUAUUUUGAUGUAAAUAUUAUUACAAAUAAUACUCCUUGUAAUAAACAUGAGUCGACAAGAGAUAUAAAUUUUACUACAAGAAAUAUUCAAGAAUGGUGUGAAGUUUGUUCAGAAAUUUCAUAUUUUAAGAAUUAUUAUGUUCAAAUUAAUACUAAAAUACAACAUAUAUUUAUGGAAAAGGAUUGUAAAUUAUGUGGAAAAUCAAUUGAUGAAAUUUCUUAUGGAUUUAAAAUGUGUUCAAAUUGUUACCUAAUUCAUUCUGGAUGGAUAAAAUCAAUUUUUGAUACAACUGUUCCUAUUCUUUGUUUACCAUGGUGGGAUGCUUCAAAUAAAAGUAAGGCUUGUAAUCAUAACCUAAAAUUUUUAACCGAUUGUCAAAAAUGGUGUUCAAGUUGCUUUAUAGUUUACGUUGGAUGUAGACAUUGUUUAACAACAAACAUAAUUUUUGGAAUUACAAAUCAAACUAAAUGUAGAAAAUGCAAAAGAGUAUCAGAUAUAUGCAUUGAUUUUAUAGAUAUGUGCGGUGGGAAUUCUAUUAUAGCUGAAUAUCUUAUUUCUAUGAAAACAAAUAAUCAAAGUUAUAAUAAGAUUGCUUGUUAUAUGAAUAAAGGUUUGGAUCCUUUAAACGUAUAUACUUUCAUUGAAUGUGAACUUAAAGAUAUUUGUUCAAAAAAAACGAUAGAAUGGAUUCCAUAUUCUAAAAUUGAUAAUUUAGAAAUAAUUGCAGAAGGAGGAUUAGGUACUAUUUAUAAAGCAACUUGUUCCAAUAAUUUUGUUGCUGUAAAAAGAUUUUCAAAUUCGAAAGAUAUUAGCAGACACUUUUUAAAUGAGAUAAAUUCACUCCAUCGAUGUUAUAAUACGGCUUUUAUCGUUAAAUAUUAUGGUAUUACGCAAGAUCCUGAUUCUCAGAUAAAAGAUUAUAUGUUAAUAAUGGAAUAUGCAAGUGAUGGAAAUUUACAUAAUUAUUUAAGGGAAAACUUUACAAAUAUUAAAUGGACCACAAAAUUAGCUAUUUUGUGUCAAAUUUCAGACGGACUUAAGACUAUUCAUAAUGAAAAUUUUGUUCAUCGAAAUUUUCAUAGUGGAAAUAUAUUAUCAUUAAAGGGUCAUAAGAAAUGGGUAAUUGGAGAUUUAGGAUUAUCACGACCAGCAAAUAAUUCAUCGUAUAAUGAAAUAUAUGGAGUAAUACCCUAUGUCGCACCAGAAAUAUUUGGAGGUGAUUUAUUCUCAAAAAAUUCGGAUGUAUACAGUUUCGGUAUGAUUAUGUGGGAAUUAACGACAGGUUGUAAACCAUUUGUCAACACUGAGCAUGAUAUUAAUCUUAUUAGCCAAAUUAUUGUUGGAAAACGACCUGAAAUUACAUUUGAUACUCCUGAAUGUUUUGCUAAUUUAAUGAAAAGUUGUUGGGAUUCCGAUCCUUUUAAAAGGCCUUCCAUAAGAAAAAUUAGAGAAACUGUUGAUGAUUGGUACAAAAAGCGUAAUAAAACUGAGAGAUUAUUUAUUGAAGCUGAGGAAAGACGAUCAAUACUUACACGAUCUGGACAGCUUUGUCCUCAAUUUAUUGAAAAACAUCCUGGUGCUAUUUAUACUAGUAGGUCUUUAAAUUCUUUCAUUUCUCAACUAUUAAAUAGACCACAACAUGAUAAAUGGGACUCGUCGGACUGGGACGUCUGAGACGAUAUGUUUAUUAUAAUUUUAUGAUGGCGGUACAGAAAUUACAAAUGUAAGGAAAAUAAGGAGAGCGUUUAAAUUCAAAAAAGGAAUUAUAGUUAUGUAAGUAAAUGGAGGAAAGGAAUAUUGUAUGGGUUACUGCAAAUUUGUCUAAUAUGGUACAGUAAAUUGUCAUUCACUCUUGCUCUGGACAAAUUAUAUUAUUUAUUUUGAAAAUAGAAUUAUUCCAACGAAAAUAAACAAAUUUCCAAAGAUAGUUUAUAAUAUGUUUUUUACUGA